UGUAUUUGUUAAUGGUUGUAGUUAUCUAUAUAACCCUGUUCAUUAAUAUGUGUUGUUUUGCCCUAAGAAUUUUCUUAUCAGAAGACAAAAUAUGAGGAAUGGCGAGACUGUGAACUUUUUUUUUUUAAGACUAAAUCCAUGAGUGCAUGCAUAGGUGAGCUCUUGUGAUUUGUACCAGACAGACAAAGCUCUUUUCCCCUCUUUCUGUCUGAUGGGCCGUGAGUCCACACCUCCCUUCCAUGUCACAGUGUGUUUUACAGUCUGCAAGUAAGACUGUUUUUCCACUCUGUGACUUUGAUAUGAGAUUCCUGCCUGACUCAGACGGGCUCGGAUUCCUAUUAGGCUCUGUCAGGACAUGCCUGAAUGGUUGCCGUAUCCCCCACUGUACUUCCACAAAUAUGCUACACUUCGUUGCCCAAAUACCAUGUUUUUAGUGAAACCUAUUAGAUAUGGCUUGAAAAAUUAGCCUAACAAAAAGUAGUUACUUUUAAAUCAAAUGUCUGUAUUCCCUGCCACUACCACACCCCCUAACAAAAAUUGGUGAGGUCCUAUCAAAUCUAGAAAACAGAACUGUUUUAUGAGGUUCUGAUAUAUACAAAUUUAGAAAAAGUGUAAGCAUGAAGGUCCACCCUCUAAACAUAAGUCAAUGGGGUGUAAACAGAUUGUACAAAACCAUAUGAAUGAGAUGAAUGAAUUCAAACAAUUUAACCACUAAUUCACCCAAAAUGUAAAAGUUAUGAAUUUCCAUGGAAUUGUUGGGAAACUAAAAUUGUUAUUAAAAUGUUAUUAUUUUGAUGUAAUGCUAAAUUACAUUAAAUUAAAUAUUAUAUCUUCAAAAAACGUAACAUUUCAUCUUUUGCAUUCCAAUCUGUAUCUGCAUUUUUUUCUUUCAUUACAAAAAGAAUCUUUAAAACUGUGACAUCCCAGCAGUGACAUGAUUUAGACAAGACAAAAAAAAAAAAAAUUAUGCAUUUAGCAGACGCUUUUAUCCAAAGCGACUUACAGUACAUUCAGGCUAUCGAUUUUUACCUAUCAUGUGUUCCCAGGGAAUCGAACCCCCAACCUUGCGCUUGUUAACGCAAUGCUCUACCACUUGAGCACUACAGGAGACAAGCAGGAAAAGAAGUAAAGAUCAAUCCAAUUUUAUGCAAAUUGUUAUGCAAAUUGUUGACUGCAUUUGUAAAAUUCAACCCAGUUAUGAAGAAAAAAAAAUCAUUUUCUUUCUUUAAUUUGGGUUCAAAUUAAAAUGAAAAAAAGAUAAUUUUUACCCCAAUUAUUAAAAAUUGCCAUGCAGAGCCUUCUUACUUUCACGUCUUCAUCGUCUUUUCCAGCUUCAUGCAAGGACUGAAUCAUACAUAUCUAUGGGAGGACAAACAGGAGUACGGAAUGAAUAAUAAACGGUAUCAAAAAUAAAUUAAUCAUACUUUUAUUUUACUGGCGAGACAAAUAGCUAUUCUAUUCCAAAUCCGUUCCCUCUUAAGGAUUUAAUUCACUCUUACCUGGGGACAGACACCCUAACUUUACUCUGGUGUGGAUGAAGACAUCUAGUUUUAACAAGCUUGACAGGAGCUUUGAGCCAGCAGCAUGGCAGCAGCACCAGUGGAAACUGAUCUAACUGUAAUCUUUGUCAUGAUGUAUGAGUUAAAAAGAGUUAUAAAUAAAGACAGACUCUAGCUGAGAAGAGAUUGCUAUGUAAGUUUCCCUUAAAGUAGACUGUUUUAUGGUGCUGUGUCAGGUUUUAACCGCCUGACGAUUGGCUGAAAUCCUUUGCCAUUGAUCAUAUUUUAAUAUUUAAGGAUGUCUGACUGGAAAACAUUCCAACUGCACACAAGCCCAGCUCUUAGGUAUUCUACUUGAAAAUAACUCCACUGAAUAAGAAUGGGCAUUAUCCUGAAAGAUUUGGGAAUAUUUUAUAAAACCAAACUAUAUUUUGCGUUACAUUAUACCUGAAUGAAAGAAAGGCCUGGCUUUCUAGUAAAGCCUUGUUAAUUAAUUUUUUUAUACUUAUAAACUCAAUAAAAUAUGUCCACUGGAUAGUUAAAGUUCCAUUAGGCGUUUUGAACAUUAGACAGACAAAAGUGCAUAGAACAGUGAAACAAUUACAGCGAAGAAAGAAAACAAAUGGUGGAAUUCAGUUAGAAAAUAUAUAAAAUAUGUCGACCCUGUUACCAUUUUAACUCCUUUUUAUUACAAUAAUUUUGUCAAAAUUAUAACAUGUUUUCAUUAAGUAAACUUAAUUUAAUGUCACGUAAAUAUCUCCUGUUUUUAAUAGGGGACAAGCUUAGAAUGUCAACCCUGUUACGCAGUAAAUGAUUAUGAAAAAUAAGAGAUUUCAGUUUUGCCAGUAUUAAAUUCUCCUACUAAGAACCCUAGAGUGUCAUCGUGGUUAGGAAGAAGCAGGUAAUGUCUAAUUGAAAUAUAAAACUGUCAACCCUAUUACCAUCAUAAACCUUCAUUUCAAUAAUUCUUUCAAAAUGACAUCACUAUACUUUCAGGAAGUAAACACUGCAAAGUCAAGUAAAUGCAUUCUGUUUUACCAAUAGAAGACAAAUGUAGAAUGUCAACCCUGUUACCAUGAUUUGAAAUAGUAAAUGAUUACUAAAAAUGAAAAAUUUAUUUUGUCAGUAUUGAAUGAUCCUCUUAAGAACCCUGAAGUAUUGUCUAACUGAACUGUAAAACUGUCAACCCUGUUAGCAUUAUAACUUUUUUAUUAAAUACUUACAACAUCCUUUUAGGAAGUGAACUCUGUAAAGGCAAGUAAAUGGCUCUAAUGGCUUACAAUGUCAACCCUGUUACCAUGAUUUUUAAAUUAAGACAUUUCUAUUUAUGUCAGUAUUAAAUUCUUUUUUAUACAAUAAACUUGUGAGUAGCAUCAUGGUUAGAACAAAAAAGGUAAUAUCUAACUGAAAACAGUAAAAAGUCAACCCUGUUAUCUUUUUGAGGGUCUAUAUUAAUUUAGCUUCAGAUGCCAUAAUGCAGUUUAUCAACACCAAGAGACAUCCUUUGUUUUAAAUACAUUUUAAAUAAAUGCACCCUUUACAUUUUAAAAUGGUGAGAUCCUCUUACAGUCGCCCCAAAAAAGUACUGCAAAAAUGUGUGAAUGCUGUUGUGUAAGAACCCAUAUCAAAACCAUAAUAUCCAACCCAAAUCCACUAAAAAAAAAAAAAAUAAUACAGAGAGACUUUUAAAGUAAUAUAUUUCAAAAAAAGAAGCUAAAUUCGUUCUGGCAAAAACAGAAUAUCUCCAUAUUCAAACAUCCACUAAAUAUCACAAUGGGUCCAUUGUCUGAAAGUAACUAAGUUAAUUUUGUAACUGUAAGUAACUGUUGUUUGCAAACACAAAUUGGUUUGAUAUUUGCUACCUAAUUGAAAGAAUGUGUAAGUGUUAUUUAAGUGUUCAAAUACAUUUGGGGUCUGCUGUACAAAACCUUUCACUCAAAUAGCACAAGACGGCUAAGACGAGAUAUCAAUGCAAGCCAUGCACAUUCACUUAUUUCUCCAGCGCUGCAGGAUUCAUGUCUUCAUAGUUAAAUAAGGAAUGUAGAUAGCGAAAAAAAAAUCACAUUUUGAUAAAAUCCCCAAAUUUAUGUAUCUGAAGACAGCCAUUAUUCUUGGAAUUUCCAUUCAAAUAACUUCUGUCAUCUAUUUAGUUCUUUUUAAUUAUGGACCUUCCUUCCAUCCUUCAUGCAGUUAACCCUUGCUUUUCGGUGUUCAUAUUGUGUAAAAUGUGUGUAAAAAAUGCCAAUUCCAUGUGCUUAAUCGGCUCAACCUCCAAGAUGACUACCCUUGUCAGACAUCCCACAGCUUUAAACAAUUUACCCCCAUUUUCCAUACUCUCAGCCCAUCAAGACAUGGAGAAAUAGCAGUGGACUUCCCAAAAAUUAUAUAAAGUUGCCUCCAAUCAUAGCCAUGAGACCAGGUGAGAGACUGGGAGCAGAAGGGUUAUUCCGCCUCCCUCCCGUCCUGGCCGCACCCCAUCAUCCCCUCCGCCCCAACAGCUCUGACCCGCUUAGAUGGCUAUAAAAGAGACGGGGACUCUGGCGCAUCUCAGCAUCACCUGCGCUCCCAUCCUGAAGAAGAAAAACCAGGCAAAGAAAAGAAGAACAAUGCGUUCACUACUGAAGAUCACCGUUCUGCUCUUUUGCGUUCAAGCAGGAGAAGGACAUUGGCUUAGAACGCUACUGGACAAAGACUUCCGUGGUGAAGAACGAAGAGGAGGUGAUGGUGAGGAAAAGGAGGGUUCAGGGAGGCAGUUGGAAAGGGCGAUUCGGUUACCCCGCAGCGUUGAGUCCCCUUGUGCCUUGCACUCCAUCCUGCUGCAGGUGCGAGACCUCGGUCUUGGCUACGACUCGGAUGAGACAGUGCUGUUUAAGUACUGCAGCGGGACCUGUCCUCGCCUCGCCUCCAACCACGACCUCACACUUACCAACCUCCUGCAAAGCGGCGUCCUUCAAUACACCGGCCAUUGGCACCAUCAACCCUGCUGUCGCCCCACACACCACGAAGACAUAGCCUUUCUCGACAACCACCAUCGCUGGCACAAAGUGGAGAAGCUCUCUGCCGCUGCAUGUGUCUGUAUGGGCUAGAAACGAGGGUGGCCAAUAAAAAUAUGGCUACAUAAAGACUGUCUGUUGGUUUAGAGACUGUAAAAAGUGCCUUAAAGUAAAAUAAGGCUGUUUAAAGUACGUUAAUUCAGGAUAUGUAUGAACUGAAAUGUAUCAAGACGUAUAUGUUGCUUUCUUCACUGACAUUGGCUAAUAUUGUGUUUGAGAAUGUCAAAACCUUGAGUUUUGGUUAAUGACAACACAAUGACGUGUUUGAGUGGCCGAUUCUGAGUUAAGAUCGAUCCAACGAAUUGGCCAUUUAAACCAAAAAUGGAAGAUAUUUAUGUUUAUAAAUUAUUUAUUUAUUUGAAAAACAUUUUUACUACCCAGUAAAUUAUUGUUAAUCUUUAUUUUUCUUC